GUUCUGAGGAAAACACAACAAACCCUCGCUUUUUGUUCCUAAACUCUGUACCAAGUUCGUGACAAGGAAGCAGGAACGUUUUGGAUCCGAUGGACGGACAUGUUGGACUGGUAGAAUGCUCGACUGACGUUUCACAGAGUAACGUCUGGAAGAUUUAUGUCAGACAGGUGUAGUCUGUACUCGGGUGGACAGAACUGUCGAGGUUACACCCAAACUAAGAUCGGAGCCCAUCGCCGCCCUCUGUCGCCUGAAACUUAGUUUUGUCUUGAGUGCGGAAAAAGACAGUGGUGCUAAAUAAAAGGGAUCGUCCCACAAUACUAGCAGGUUCCUCAGAGAUAUCUCUAAAGUUGGAUAAGUGUCGCAAGUUCAAGUUUGAUUUCAAGACGAGGGACUAUUUUUCGUGAGAGUCACCAUGCGGAUGAAAUCGUGCGGAGGGUGCUGUGACCUGAAAAGGGGUACACUCAUCUGUGGUACCUUCACCCUGUUAGUGUCUGGAGCGUAUUUUGCUGUGGACUUCCUGCAGCAAAUGGGCCUAGUGGAACAAAAAGAGGUUGUGUCGUCAACGGAUACAAAAACACAAAAAGUUCUUGACAACUCCUUGAUUACCGUGUACGUGGAACUUGCUGCACACGGUCUUGUUGUUCUCUGUUCGUUACUUCUCUUCAUUGGAGUUUGCACGCUGAAGAAAUGGCUCAUGUACCCGUGGAUUUUUGCAGUCAUCGUAGAGAUUCUUACCGAGAUUUCUGCACAAAUAGCGAUGUACGUUAUACACUGGAACGAGGGCAUCACUGCGUACCCGUUCAGUCCUCUGUCCCUCACCAAAGACCUGUGGGCGGGAUACCUCAUCAGCUAUGCUGUCAGGGGGCUGCUCAUCUUCUUCAAGAUCUGGGGAGUUCUUUGCGUGAUCAGCUUCAUUAAGGAGAUGUCAUCAAAGGGAGGCGCUCCGGGAUGGGCCAGCUAUCAAGACUACGUGCAGUCUGGGUACAGCUGGGGCGAUGUUGUAGACAAUCUCUACCCGCCUUCACUCUUCCAGGAUGAGCUAGGGGACAAAGAGUCAAAUCCCUACAUCACAGGACAGUCAUCGAAUGAGCGACGAUCGGCCUACCAACAACAGACGUCGUACGAGGACUACGACCGCCGCCCGACAGAGGCCCGAAGCAUGCCCCCCGAAGAACCCGACGACAUGCGGGCGCCUCGGGGAGGCGACAACCCGACCAGGGAGGACUACAACCGGUCCCUGCGGCGGAAGAGCUCUCUGGCCGUGAGGGACGAGCCAGUGCCGAUGAGGGAGGAGGUCAGCACGUUUGCGACUGCGCCCAGAUCACCGAGCGAAGCCUACUCCCCGUUUCACGACUUUGUGGCCCCCGCAGACGACAACGAAACAGCCCCGAGGUUUCCACGCGAGGACGACUAUCCACAAUCCAUGGCAAGUUCAGUAAGAGGCGCCAGGCGAUCACGUCAUCCCAGCGACGGGUAUUCCACCGCCUCGUACGACCCCGUCGCCCGGCCGCACCGACCGCCGCAGCAGGCCCGAGCUCCGGCGGGGCUGCCCUACAUCCCGCCCGCCGACUACCCGCCCUUCGACCGGCCCUCCUUCAUCACCGACUCCUACGACUCGCGCAAGCCGGGGGAGUACGGACAACAGGGGCUCAGUCGCGCCCAGGCUCCCUCUAACAGACUCUAACUCCGUACUCUAAACGUUAACGCCAAGAAUGGUAGUC